AAGCAUUUGGCGGAAAUGUCCAUCUGCCGCUUGGAAACAAUUAAUUUAGGAAUAUAGAUCUAAACAAAGUUCAAGAAUCGUGAAAUUAGAGAGAGUCUUUUUUUUUUAAAUAUUUAAAAAUGGAUUCACCCAUAGUGGUGACUGGUUUUGAGGAACCUAAGAAAAUUACUGGAUUGUCCCGAAUACAUCCAGUGCUAGUUAAAGAGGUCAUGGGUCUGUUCAUCAGGCCUCUCUUCACAUCUCACGUCAUCUCAGAGGACGAGAUGGUGACACGCCUGCUGGCCCUGCUCGAUGCCGUAGGCAUGCGCAGCGUCGACAUCACCUUCAUCAGGAUAAACAGCAAAGGCGCAUGCGCCAAGGUCGGGCUGAGCAGCGUCGUGGCCGAGGACUACGCCAUACAGACCCAGAUGGACAGGAACUACCUUCAGCAUCUCUACGACCUUUCACAGAUAACGGACUGCGUCGACCUGCUGCGCAUCGACAGGCUGGAAAAAUUCAUCCACCUCGAGGUAGGUAGUCAAACGAUAAAAGUAUGGUUAGCUGUUGCCAUGACAAUAUCACUGUAGGUAGUCAAACGAUAAAAGUAUGGUUAGCUGUUGGCACGACAAUAUCACUGUAGGUAGUCAAACGAUAAAAGUAUGGUUAGCUGUUGCCAUGACAAUAUCACUGUAGGUAGUCAAACAAUAAAAUUAUGGUUAGCUGUUGCCAUGACAAUAUCACUGUAGGUAGUCAAACAAUAAAAUUAUGGUUAGCUGUUGCCACGACAAUAUCACUGUAGGUAGUCAAACGAUAAAAGUAUGGUUAGCUGUUGCCAUGACAAUAUCACUGUAGGUAGUCAAACAAUAAAAUUAUGGUUAGCUGUUGCCAUGACAAUAUCACUGUAGGUAGACAAACAAUAAAAUUAUGGUUAGCUGUUGCCACGACAAUAUCACUGUAGGUAGUCAAACAAUAAAAUUAUGGUUAGCUGUUGCCAUGACAAUACCACUGUAGGUAGACAAACAAUAAAAUUAUGGUUAGCUGUUGCCACGACAAUAUCACUGUAGGUAGUCAACAAUAAAAUGGGAUUGUUUGCUGUUGCCAUGACGAUAUCACUCGAACACUAACCCACAAGUAAAUGAAUCUAAAUUGUUCAGUUUUUUAGUGAAACAAUUUGGAGGAAAAUCAUAGGAAAAGAGAGGAAUAAGUAUAGGAUAAACCGGUUCUUAGCCUUCGUAUAAAUUGAGAGAAAGCGCAUGGAUUGAUUCAUCCAAUGGUGAAGCCUUUAUCCAAUAGUUACGGACCGACCGCAAUAUGUCAUCAUAAAAACCGGAAGUUACCGAUGUCUAUUUCCGUUCAGCAGUUCGCUCCCCCUCCCUCCCCUCCGCCCCCAACGGUAUAUAAAGCCCCCCCCCCGACGCCCCACCUUUCUACGCCAAGUUCUCAGAACCUACCGAGCCUUUUAGCGCGCCAUAAAAAUCCCGAAACUCACAGAGGGGGAGGGGUGGAGUUAUCUUUCCUUUUAAGACUUAGAGGUUUCAAUGUUCUAAAAAUACCACCUUGAAAUUUUAUUAGCAAUGUUAUUUCCUUCAAUAUAUUGUUCAGAGAUAAUUUUAAAAAUAAAUUAGAAUGUUAACGUACGUCCUUGUUGUAUGUUAAAAUAAAUUCCUUUAUUGCUUUUUUGAUUGACCAUCCCCAGUGGCUCGUCUUACUCGCCUCCAAUUUUGAACACUAAAGAAAUAAACCUAGUAUUAUAAUCACUACAAGCUCACUGGGGGCUGAAUUACAACCCCACCCCCCCCCCCCCCCCCCCCCCCNGAUUCAUCCAAUGGUGAAGCCUUUAUCCAAUAGUUACCGCCCGACCGCAAUAUGUCAUCAUAAAAACCGGAAGUUACCGAUGUCUAUUUCCGUUCAGCAGUUCGCUCCCCCUCCCCCCCCUCCGCCCCCAACGGUAUAUAAAGCCCCCCCCCCGACGCCCCACCUUUCUACGCCAAGUUCUCAGAACCUACCGAGCCUUUUAGCGCGCCAUAAAAAUCCCGAAACUCACAGAGGGGGAGGGGUGGAGUUAUCUUUCCUUUUAAGACUUAGAGGUUUCAAUGUUCUAAAAAUACCACCUUGAAAUUUUAUUAGCAAUGUUAUUUCCUUCAAUAUAUUGUUCAGAGAUAAUUUUAAAAAUAAAUUAGAAUGUUAACGUACGUCCUUGUUGUAUGUUAAAAUAAAUUCCUUUAUUGCUUUUUUGAUUGACCAUCCCCAGUGGCUCGUCUUACUCGCCUCCAAUUUUGAACACUAAAGAAAAAAACCUAGUAUUAUAAUCCCUACAAGCCCACUGGGGGCUGAAUUACAACCCCACCCCCCCCCCCCGCCCCACACACUUUUCCCCUAAGGUCCCCUCAGGCCCGUUCUUAGGGAUACUCUGACUACGCAUCCGCGUAGGGCCCCGAACGUGAGGGGGCCCCCGUGAGGCGCCCUCGAUCCCCCGAUUUUUUUUAAACUAGCACUGCAGCCGUCUGUAUCACUCACGUUACCUUCCUCAUCCUGAAAUGUAUCAUUCUGAGUUGAAUUCCAAGGCAGGGGAAGGGAAGCGGGGGAGCUUUGUGGAAAUAAGUACCACCAGAGCCAUUCUUAGGCAUAUAGGCAAACUAGGCAACCGCCUAGGGCCCCACUAUCUCCUGCAUGUCCUCAUAUUUCAGAAGUACACAUUUUCUCUAGUGGCGGAAUUAUCAAUAUGGUUAGUGGUUACACGGGAGCAAAGAGGAAACAUUGAUGAAGGCAGAAUGAAGGUGCAGCAGUGGUGGGUGGUGUUUUCUUCUCAGCUCAAGGGAGCUCCACCCCGGACCCCCCCCCCUUUCCGGGGCUACCAACCUACGCUCCAUGCUUAGGGCCCCCAAACUCCUAAGAACGGCUCUGGUCCCCUCGAAAAUCAGAAAAGCCCACAAACUAAAAAGAAUGUUCACUCCAAGUCAGGACGUGUCACGUGAUCAGCAGUUGCAGCUUUCUCACCUCUUCUCUUUUUUUUUCCAGGCCAGCGACAUUAAGCCGAAAAAGUGCGCCACGCCCCCAGAAUGCCACGAACCCCGUUCCCCCACAAAAAUGACGACGCCCCGCCCACCUCGGGUGCACUUGGUCAAAAAAACGUCCACCCCUAAGAUUCAUCCGUGCGGCUGCCCCCAGACUCCCCACUACAUCCUCGGGGAAGGCCUGGGCUCCGAGAACAGGCACUUCAUCUACCUGUGGAUGGAGACUUCAUGGCGGGACUUGGAAGGCUUCUCGGAGGACGUGGGCGUGAACGUCUGUGGGUUCCUCAACUCGGGGGGUGGCGUCAUGUGCGUGGGCGUGGAAGGGUACGGCAAAGUCUCCGGGACGCUCUUCAGCGAGCAGCAACAGCGCCAGGUGUCCGGCUGGAUGUCGGAAGUGGUCAAGCGCAUCAAGCCGGGUAUCGGCGAGGACGAAUACUCGCUGAGAUUCGUCAGCGUCUUCGAGCUAACCGCCGAGCAGGGGGAGAAGGGGAAAGGCGGCGCGCCCGGGGCGAAGCAAGCGGCCGGGUCGAGGCAGGCACCGGGGGCGAAGCAGGCGCCCCCGAGCGGCGCCGAGUUCGAGCGGAGGGACACCGGGAGGCGUGUCCUAGAGAUUUGCGUGAAGCCGUCAGAGCCGGUGACGUACCCAGAGAACCUGUACUCGUACUGCGACAAGCUGUACUUGAGGCGGGACGGCUCCACCAUGGAGAUCAAGCCAGAGACAACGGAGAUGGUGUGUAAGAGAAAAAAGAAAUAGCGACGGCGAUGAAGGUUUUAUUUUGGGAGUGUUGGAAGGGAGCGAACCCAAUUUUGUAGGCGUUUUUUUAAUACCUAAAGAACUCUCGUCCCGAACUUAAGAACCAUUUGUUGGUAUUAUUUUUUUUUUAAAUGAGAAAAAUAGAACAAUGAUAUUAAAAAU